UCAUUUGAAGCGCCCUUGGAGAAAUACAAGGAGAAACUGGAAGAGAUGGAACCCAAUGCACCUUCUGAGAGCAUUUUUGGAUGGGAUACCUUUAGACAAUGAGAUGUGUGAAGCAGAUGGAAAGGUUUAUCAGGCUGAAGUCAGAGCAGCAAGACAGUGUUAUUGAUAGUCGUUUGCCUGGGGUGGAAGAUGGGGUCAACAAGGAUUCUUCCAUGCUGGAUUUUGGGAACCUGGAGCAGACCAGGGCCUUGGUUGCAUCACUUGAGACUUGUUUGAGGUUCUCAAAGUGCAUAUCCUCCACAAUGUCGACUCUGGUCCAACUGCUGUCUUCAUCUUCUGCCACUGAUGUUGAGAACACGAUUCUUUUGCUGAUGAGGUGCAGACAGUUCCAAAUUGAUGACUCUGAGGCUUGUCUCCGAAAAAUGUUGCCACUUGUAUUUUCGCAGGACAAGUCUAUCCAAGCAGCUGUUGAGGAUGCAUUCAUCACAAUUUAUUUGAUGAGAAACCCUAUAGAAACUGCUGCAAAUCUAUUGAGCAUUGCUAUAGAAUCUAGGAUCGGCGAUCUAGCAGCUCUAGAAUUUAUAGUUGGUUCCUUGGUAUCUAAGGGGGAUAUUUCUACAAGCACGGUAUGUUUAUUUGAUUGUCAUAAUUUCAGGUACUGCUUCCAUCAAUAUGAUUCACUCACUUUGCUAUAGAAGUUAUGCAUUGGUGUUCUUUUGGCAUUCUUUGACAUGCAUAGUUAGACACCUAGACUAAGAACUAAGAGUGUUGAUUUCUGCACACUUAAGGGCCUAUUUUUUUCUCCAAUUACCGUG